AUGGCCAAGAAGAGAAAGUCGAGACAAAGCGAUGCGCCCUCUGGGCCCAAGGAGCUUGACGCUGCCGAUGCGCGCCUUGGUCCCAUCACCACCUUCGAAGAUGUUGCCGACUCCGAGGACGAAUACUUCAUGAACCGAGAUCAGAUUCUGCUGGAGGAUGGACCCAACUCGAAGCGCCGAAGAAAACAAGACGAUGACGAAGACAUUGAGUUGUCCGACGAGGAGAUCUUAGGUUAUGAGGACUCGGAAGACGAUGACGAUGAGCGACCACGCAAAACCAAGGGGUCUGCCUCCAAGGGCGCGGCCUCUGAAGAAGAGGAAGAGGGAAGCCAAGAUGGAGAAGAGGGAGAUUCUGGUUGGUGGGGUUCUUCGAAGAACGAAUACUACAAUGCCGACAACAUCGAGACCGAGGCCGACGCCCUCGAGGAAGAGGUCGAGGCUAAGCGACUUCAGCAGAAGAAGCUCUCCAAGAUGGCCGAGGAGGACUUCAUUUUUGAUGGCGACGAAUGGCUAGCUGAGGGCGCAGAAGCAGAUGGCGGCGAAGAAACUGUCACUGAAGUCCUCAAGGAGGUCGAGGUUACGGAUGACAUGGGCCCCGAGGAGCGAUAUACCCUGCUCAAGAACCGCUACCCCGAGUUCGAACAUCUCGUCAAGGAGUUCCAAACGCUUCAACCUGCGUUGCUGGAGCUUCAAAAGGCAGCUCAGGGUUUGUCAGGGCAAUCGCUCGAGGCAAUCAAAUACUGGGUUCUCGGAUGCUAUGUCGCCGCUCUGGCCAGCUAUUUUGCCAUCCUGACAUCCCCUGCGAGAGAUGCCUCCAAGGCGCAGAAGACACUAGAUCCCGCAGAACUACGGGACCACGAGGUCAUGGAGACGCUGAUCAGCUGCCGCGAGGCUUGGCAGAAAGUCAAGGACAUGAAGUCCACCAAGACUAUCGAGGACGACGUCAUUUCAGAAAUCGCUGAGGAAGGUUUCUUGCAGAACAUCAAUGCUGAGGCUACCAAGAAGCCAAAGAAGAGCAAGAAGACAUCGAAGCAAGAAAAGGCCGCUGCUGAAAAGUUGGCAAAGAAGCUCGAGAAGGCCAAGGCUGGAGAAGCUGCGGUUGCUGAUCUGUACGACCUGCCUCUUCCUGGCAAGAAGUCCAAGAAACAGAAGAAGGCCGAGGUCGAGGACAAGAAUGAUGACAACUCGGACUUUGGAGAGGAGGACGCCCUCGACGAGCGGACAGCGGCCGACAAGGCGGCCCGCAAGAAGAGUCUCAAGUUCUACACCUCUCAGAUUGUGCAGAAGGCGAACAAGCGUGCCGGCGCUGGCAGGGAUGCUGGUGGUGAUAUGGAUAUUCCUCAUCGCGAGCGUCUUCGAGAUCGCCAGGCACGUCUCAACGCCGAGGCAGAGAAGCGUGGACAGAAGAACUCCAAGAUGGGCGCAGACCUGGAUGACAACAGCGACGAUGAGGAUGCUACCACUGCCAAGGCUGUUCGCGAUGAUGAGGACGAGUACUACGAUAUGGUAGCGCACAAGUCCAAGAAGAACAGGGAGGAGAAGGCCGAGCGUUAUGCCGCAUAUGCUGCUGCCAGCAAGGCGGACCGGGUGGUAGAGACCGAGGAGAUUGGUGAGGACGGCAAGCGCAAGAUCACGUAUGCCAUCGAGAAGAACAAGGGACUGGCACCGAAGCGCAGCAAGGAUGUCAGAAACCCCAGAGUCAAGAAGCGCAAGCAGUACGAGGCCAAGCAGAAGAAGCUCAAGAGCAUGAAGCCCAUCUGGCAAGGUGGCGAGCCCAAGGGAGGAUACCAGGGAGAGCUGUCGGGUAUCAACACGGCGGUUAUCAAGAGCACAAGACUAUAG